AUGCCACAACCGGAAGAGGGUUCUUUCGGCAGCUCCAAUGACUAUCCACGGGGUUCAGAGAAAGGCCAGGCACUUGCGGACAGAAAGGAACGGAGUGAGCCAGGACAUUCUGGCGCCUACGAUAACCAGACCGGAGAGGUCCACGACCCAUAUGGCGGAAAGAAGCUGGGCAUGGUUCGAACUGCUUUGAUCUUCUUCACAAACCAGGUCGGAAUUGUCAUCACUAUGGGUGUGCUUGCGACUUACACGGCUUACAUCCUGAUCCAAUUUUACCGUCGUUACCCUUCCAUCAGGGACGUUGUAGACGUCGCUAGAAUCAUGGGCGGAAAGCCCUUGGAGAUCCUCGUUGGUGUGGCACACGUGCUGAACCUAUGUUUGAUCUGUGCCAGCGCCAAUGUUACACUUUCCAUCGCACUCAACACUAUGACCGAGCAUGCCUUAUGCACAGUGGGUUUCAUUGGCAUCCCAAUGAUUAUGUGCUGGCUGCUUUGCAUGCCACGAUCGUUGAACUUCGCCGGAUGGUUUGGCAUUCCAGCUACUAUCAGCAUCUUCACCGCUGUUCUGAUCGUGGUCAUUGCUCUGGCUGUGAAUGGCCCCGAUUACGAAGCUGUCGCUAAUGGCGGCAGUGGUUAUUGGGGUGAGCCGACCAAUCAGCCCUUGCAAAUGCGUCUUGGUCCCAACCCAGGAGCAACCAUGAAUCAACAGUUCGAGUCCGUACUUAACGUAGCCUUUGCGUAUGCAGGUAAUCAAGCCUUCAUUACUGUGAUGUGUGAGAUGCGGAACCCGAGCAAGGACUACACUCCGGCUAUCAUCUGGCUUAAUGCCAUUGGUGUACCGAUGUACGUCAUCACAGCAUGUGUAGUCUAUCACCUUGCCGGUCAGUAUGUAGUAUCACCUGCCCUGGGAUCUGCACCUGGUAUCGCCAGUAAAGCCGCCUACGGAAUUCUGUUCCCAACUUUACUAGGUUCUGGACUAGUUUUCGGUCACACCGGAAUAAAAUAUAUGUACAACGUGGUAAUGGACAAGAUGAUAAAGACCAGGCACCGACUGACUGAUAAUACGCCCCUGACCUGGGGCGUCUGGCUCGGCCUUGGUACUUUGUUCUGGGUUGUAGCUUUCGUACUUGCCAACGCAAUCCCUGCUUUUGGUAGCAUAUUAGGCAUUUCUUCUGCAUUAUUCGUUACAUGGUUCACGUUUGGCAUGGCUAAUGCACAAUGGAUCUUUCUGAAUUGGGGUCAACAAUUCAUCAACUGGAAGAAGACAUCUCUUGCAUUGUUUAAUUGGUUCAUGAUCUUCGCUUCUGCCUUUCUCACCGUAUUCGGUCUAUAUACAUCCAUAUCGGACCUCAGCGCGAGGGUGCAGGAUCCCGACGAUCCUCUCAACGUAUUCACGUGUGCAAACAACGCUCUCUUCUAG